AUGAUCUCCGCUGCCUCGGCUCAAAUUGAAACUGUUGGAGGUCAACACCUAACAACUACCAUCGUCAAGGACGGCAAAAAGAUAAUCGUUCCGGAUUACGCAAAGGUCCAAGGAAUAUUUAUUGGUGCAGUUGCCGCAUUCGUCGUCUUCAUCACUAUCAUCGGACCCGAGUACGAUUCCUAUUCCAUUGUUCUGUCUGUCUGUUUACCACGCUACAGGAAACACGGGUCGGACUUUGAGCAGCCGGCUUUUGAGAGAGGUGGUGUAAGGGAAGAAUCUUUGAGAGCCCCGAAACACGUCAUCAGUUUGAAUACCGACGAUGAUAUCGAACUCGAGAAGGCAAGGGCAUAUUAA